AUGUCCGACAUACGAAGCUUCUUCGCCCCUAGGGGAGGUGCUGCCCCGGCCAAACCUGCACCGAAGAAGGAGGAGCCUGUCAAGAAGGGCCGUGGGAGACCGCGUAAGGUCGUUGAUGACAGCGAAGAGGAUGAUGAACCCGUCGCACAACCGAGCAAGCCGGCAGCAAGGUCUACGCCAAGGAAGAAGAAAGCUACAGAGCCAGAGCCAGUCAAAGGAAAGGAGAUCUCUGCUGACGACUACUUCACCUCGUCCAAGUCGAACAACAAGAAAUCCGAGUCCACUCCGAAGAAACCUAGCGUGCCCGUGCGCCAGAGCCCCCGGAAGGCUGCCAACGCAGCAGCAGCAGCAACCAGCAAGGGCAAACCUGCUGCUAAGCCCAAGGCUGUCACGUCUCACGGGAAGGUCAAGUUGAACGACGACGAGGAUGCGUACAUGGAGGACGGCGAUGAGGACGCGGAUGACAUAUUCGCUGCCGAUGCGCGAAGUGGAAGCAAGAGGAAGAACGAGUACUUGGAAGAGGAGAGCGAGGAGGAAGUCCUGCCCAAGCCCAAGCGGGUUGCUUCCCGAGGGAAGCCCGUUAAGGCUGAGGAAUCCGAGGAUGACGACGAGGACUUCGCGCCAGCACCAAAGAAGCCUGCCAACAAUGGAAGGAAGCGCAAAUCGCCGGAUUCCGACGAUGAAGAUCUCGAAGAGGCUCCACGGAAGAAAGCUGCUGCGUCGAAACCUCGAGCCCCGAAGAAGAAGAAGGAGCCAGAGCAGGAGGAUGCCAGCUAUCAGGCAUUCAUUGAUUCCGUGCCUACGGUCAGGCCACCGACACCGCCUGCUAAGGACCCCGACGCGAAAUUCGACUGGAGAAAGGCAGCUGCUGGCGGAGGCAACUCGGGGCCUGCGCCGAUGGAGGGCACGGCUGAAAUACCGGAGGGAGAGGAAAAUUGCCUCACAGGAAUGACAUUCGUUUUCACGGGUCAGCUCAAGACUCUCGGCCGAGAGGACGGACAAGCACUAGUGAAACGCCUCGGUGGAAAAGUUACGGGUGCACCGAGCAGCAAGACCACCUUCGUGGUUCUAGGGGAUGAUGCAGGCCCCUCGAAGCUUCGGAAAAUCCAAGAGGUCGGAAUCAAGACAAUCGACGAAAACGGUUUGUUCGAACUGAUACGGAAAGCACCCGCAAAUGGCGGAUCGGCGAAGAACGCGGCGAAGGCCAAAGAGAAGCAAGAGGCCGAUGAGAAGAAAGUCAGGCAGGCUGCUGCGGAGCUGGAGAGGGAAGAAAAAGCCCGUCAGAUCGAGGCAGAGAAAGCGCGCAAGGCCGCUGCAGCACGUGGAGCGGCUGCUCCAACCCAGGCCAUCGCUGCCAACUCACAGCUAUGGACGAGCAAAUAUGCGCCCUCUCAGCUGAACCACAUUUGUGGAAACAAGAGCCAAGUCGAAAAGAUUCAGAACUGGCUGAAAGCCUGGCCCAAGAACCGCAAAUAUGACUUCAAGAAAUUUGGAGCCGAUGGCAUGGGUGGCUAUCGGGCAGUCAUUCUGAGCGGUCCUCCUGGUAUAGGCAAGACGACUUCGGCGCAUCUUGCAGCAAAGCUGGCGGGGUUCGAUGUAAUCGAGAGCAACGCCAGCGACACCCGAAGCAAGAAAAUGGUUGAGAACGGAGUCAGCGAGGUGAUGAACAACACCUCUCUCCUAGGCUUCUUCGCCGGUGAUGGAAAGAAGGUUGAGGAUGCCAAGAAGAAUAUCGUUUUGAUCAUGGACGAAGUUGACGGCAUGUCAGCUGGUGACCGAGGCGGUGUCGGAGCGUUGGCCAAGUUUUGCAAGAAAACAGAGAUACCACUCAUCUUGAUAUGCAACGAACGCAAACUGCCAAAGAUGAAACCCUUCGAUGGUGCAGCCUUCGACAUCCCAUUCCGACGUCCAACAGUGGAGCAGGUCCGAUCUCGCAUCAUGACCAUCUGCCAUCGAGAGGGUCUCAAGCUGCCGCUGCAGGUUGUCGAUGCUCUCAUUGAGGGAAGCAACAAGGACAUCAGGCAGAUCAUCAACAUGCUUUCAACGAUCAAGCUUGACCAAACAUCUAUGGACUUUGACCAAACCAAAUCGAUGUCCAAGGCGUGGGAGAAGCAUGUCGUCCUGAAGCCCUGGGACAUCUGCCAGAAACUGUUGGGUGGCAAUUUGUUCAACCCAGCAAGCAAGUCCACACUGAACGACAAGAUUGAGUUGUACUUCAACGACCACGAGUUCAGCUAUCUCAUGAUUCAGGAGAACUACCUCAAGGCGAAGCCAGCGGGUCUGAGCGGCAAGGGCUACAACAGCAGGGAGGCGAACAUGAAAUACCUUGAAAUGGCGGAUCAAGCGGCCGAGAGCAUCAGCGAUGUCCGUCCGGCGAGCUUCGUUGCUGGCCAAAUGAUUGGUACCGAGUUCACAAAGUGGCUCGGAAACAACAGCAAGCUAGGCAAACUCGGCCGCUACGUCCGAGAGAUUCAGGCACACAUGCGGCUCAAGUCUUCUGGGGAUGUGAGCGAGAUCCGCCAGCAGUAUCUGCCUGUGCUGUGGCAUCAGAUUGUCAAGCGCCUUGCUCUGGAGGGCAAGGAGUGUGUCCAGGAGGUCAUCGACCUCAUGGACAGCUACUACCUCACGAGAGAGGACUUCGAUGCCAUGCUUGAACUUGGUGUCGGUCCCCAAGACGAAAGCCUGGUGAAGAUCGAGACCCAGACGAAGGCAGCCUUCACGAGAACAUAUAACUCGAUGUCCCACGCUGUGCCAUUCAUGAAAGCCAGCAAUGUUACCGCACCGAAGAAGGCUGCAAAGGAUGUGCCUGACAUUGAAGACGCUAUCGAGGCAGAGGAUGAUGGGGCGGAGGUCGCCGAGCCGGUGGAGGAAGACGAUGACGAGAUAGAUCUCAAGAAGGACAAGUACAUCAAGCAACCCAAGGCCAAGCCCAAGCGAGCUGCCAAGAAGAAGGCUGCCGAUAACGAUGAAGAAGACGAUGGUGACGACAAGCCCGCGAAAGGCCGUGGAAAGGGCAAGGCAGCCACAAAAGGCAAGGGCAAAAAGUGA